CAACCUCUCCGCCAAGUCCUCCGCACUCUUCUUCGGGAACGCCUUCAUCGUGUCCGCCAUCCCCAUCUCCUCGUAAAACCCAGCGUGUGCAGCGAACGGGGUGUGGAGCCCGUGUGGCUCCCUGGCUGCCCUGAGCAGGCCGUGGCUUCAGACAGACAGCCACGUCAGCAGGUUAACUGUGGCUGAGGACUGCACGUGGCCUUUGGGGAUGGCCUGCAUUUAGCUUAAUAGCACCCCGACGAAUGACAUUUGAAGUCAGAAUUGUGAUUUUGUUUGAGCUGGAGUUCUCAUUCUAGAAGAAGCAAGACACCUCAUAUGGAAGGGUUAUACUGGCGAAUUUGGCAUAUGGAUCUUAUUCAGUCUGCUGUUCUGUAUAGCGUGAUGACCCUUGUAAGCACCUAUCUGGUAGCCUUUGCCUACAAAAAUGUGAAGUUUGUACUCAAGCACAAAGUAGCCCAGAAGAGGGAAGAUGCUGUUUCCAAAGAAGUGACUCGAAAACUUUCUGAAGCUGAUAAUAGGAAGAUGUCUCGGAAGGAAAAAGAUGAAAGAAUCUUGUGGAAGAAGAAUGAAGUUGCUGAUUAUGAAGCUACAACAUUUUCCAUCUUCUAUAACAACACCCUAUUCCUGGUCUUGGUCAUUGUUGCAUCCUUCUUUAUAUUGAAGAACUUCAACCCCACCGUGAACUAUAUUCUGUCCAUAAGUGCUUCAUCGGGUCUCAUCGCCCUCCUGUCUACUGGCUCCAAAUAGACCGUGUCAGCUUCACCCUUGGCUUUGUAUCUAUGGGUGGUCUGCGGUGUAUGGAAAAGUGGCUGGGUGGUCGGGGUGGGAGACACAUAAGAUGUUUUUAUAGUCUGGAGCUUGAGGGUUUGAAAGACCCAACAAAGUGUAAUUCAAUAUUUGUUUAUUGGCUCUUUUUUGACAAACUGUUGAAAUUACAUGAAUUGAAAGGGAAACUCAGAGUACCAGGACGUUUAUUAAAAAGGCAAAUGUGUCUGGCAAUGUGCUAUAAUCACAAGAGGAGAAAAUAACUUGUUUCCUUGAUCUGUCAGGGGUCACAGUAACCUGGACUGAACUGUUAGUAUUUGUUAUAGUAGCAAGAAGUUAAUAGCUGGUUCUGUGUGUUCCAAGCACAGUAUUACAGCUUUUUUGGAACCAUAAAUAUCAGAGUGAAUCCUCUUUCCUCCCCUUCCCCCUGCCUGGGGGGUGGGAUUGAAUUGCAUGUUUACAAAUCUCUGAUUAUGUGAUUUGAAAUAACUCAAUUAAAGUUGAAAACAUGGUUUCUCCAAUUUGGGGAAAAGAAA